AUGCGGUCACCUGUGGGAUCGCUGGUUGCCUGCGCCAUUCCAGUUUCCAGGCUUUCUGUCUCAUCAAUUUCAGCUGCAGCGUCCAGGCACCAGCAACUUGAUACAGGGAAAUCAAUCAAGCUUCAUCUCAAUACGAAGUUGCAAUCGAGUCUUGUUAAGUGGAAAUCCCGAGCGGCAUUCGAAGGGCGUGUUUCAGGAGAGCACAGAAGGUGUGAGAGAGUGGUGAGGCUCACAGCUAUGGAGGCAUCUGUAGAGUCGAGUGAGGGAAAGAAGACGACCUUGGCAUCUUGGGAUGCUCUUGCUGGAAUAGUUGGCAAUGACGAGGAUUUUCCUGAGCGGCUACCCAAUAUGAAGAGAAGAGUAUUUGAGGAUGGGCAGAAGCUGCUUCUUACGUUUUACAGGGAUAACUCUAGCUGGUGUCCAUAUUGUCAGCGGGUGUGGCUACAGUUGGAGGAGAAGAAAAUACCUUAUCAGGUGGAGAAGAUCAAUAUGAGAUGUUACGGUGAUAAGCCUGCCUGGUUUACGAAAAUGGUGCCUUCUGGUUUGCUGCCAGUAAUAGAGCUUGACGGGAGGAUCAUCACGGAGAGCAUGGAUAUUAUGAUUCUGAUCGAGAAGAGGUUUCCAGAGUUUAAUCCUUUGUUACCGGCUGGCGGACCAGAGCUGGCUGCAGUGAAUUCAUUGUUAGGGUUGGAGAGGCGUUUGGCGGGUGCAUGGAUGAAUCGUUUGCGAAGCUCCUGGCCCGAUAUGGGUGCGUUUGAGAACACCAUGGACAAAGUGAACUCGGCAUUGCAAACAUUUGGCGGACCCUACUUCUUGGGCAGUAAGUUUUCUCUGGUUGAUGCGGUGUAUGCGCCAUUCCUGGAAAGAACAGCGGCAAGUAUGCCCUACUGGCCAGGUGUGAAGGUGCGAGGAAAUGAUCGGUGGAAUGCUGUGAACUUGUGGUUUGAUGCCAUGGACUCCCGACCUUCAUAUCAAGCCAUGAAAUCCGAUGACUUCACCCACACUCACGAUCUGGAGCCCCAAAUUGGUCCAUGCUAUUCAGCACCAGCUGGCAAAGCUUACAGAGAUAAGAUCGAUGGGAAAGAUGGGGGGUGGGAAUUGCCGCUAAAACCUGAAGAGACAGCCUGGGGAUUCGACGAUGGGACUGGAAAAGGGGGAGCCAAGGAAGAAGCGGCGAGGACCUUGAUCUCUAAUCACGAAAAGGUGGUCGGUUUUGCACUACGGGGAGUGAACGAUGGUGACAAGCACAGGGACGCAAUGGGUCAUGGGCUUCAUCUUGUAGCAAACGCGCUUGUGCAGGGUGUAGAAAACCUGGAUGGGUUUGUCACUCCCGACACUCUCCCACCCCAAGUUGCCGUUGCAGCAGCAUACUUGAGAGACAGAGUCGGUGUCCCUCGUGAUCUUUCCUACCCAGCAGCUCGACAACUGCGAGCUCAUCUCAACUGGUUAAUACGUUCUUUAGGCCGUCCCGAUCUGUAGAAAACUAGUUGGAACAACUUUGCAAGAUCGAUCUUAAGAGCAGCCAUCUUGUGGCUUGUCACACCCGGAAUAUCCUCGUAAGCUGUUUACCAUAAUACCACCAGUCCGCAUGCUUCAUCGUCUGAUUCGCCGAUUGGUUCAGGUCUACACACACGCUUUGUAACGAGUGUCUUUAUCGGACAGAUCGCGAAGAAUUACCCGCAGGCCUUUGCCUUGCAGGGUGAUUGCGCAUCUUGUUAUUGUCGGUGUCGAUCCUGCUGGCUCUUGAUCAGAUUGUGAAAUCUCAAAUGUAAGCGUAGCAUUCCAGGCAAUGUUCCUCUCCCAUCAACUUCGAGUAUGGUGGGCAAAUUUGUUUCAACUCAAUUUAUAUUUGAUCCUUUCAAUCAUGCA